CAGCUUUCCGCUCAACUUUCCGUUCAUGCCGCCAUUUCAUCGCCAUGGCUGACUCCAGCAGCCAGCAGACGUGGAACGGCAUAUCGUGGACAUGGAGUGGUCAACAUCAAGACUAUUAUUAUGUCACAUCAAACGCGAACGGACAAUACCAAUACCAUUUCUACAAACAGCUGUAUUCUCAGGAUCAAGGGCAGGAAAAGUCGGAUCAGUUCUCGGGCGAGUGGCACGAGAGAACGGACUCUGGAACCUAUCCAGAUAUCUCCUCCAAAGGCCAUGGGUUCGGCGGCUCUAAUCUUUACUAUUCUCCACCCUCCUCCGCUCAAUCUACAGCUGCGAGCUCGGAGGAGGCGCCGUCCAUGCCCGACCCAAUACCUUACGAGGAGCGCGUACGAUUACCAAACCUCAUUCCCGGUACCCCUGAAAAGGGCUGGUACCAUCCAUUAGAUACAGGUUAUCGAAUGAGAACAGGUGCCGAGGCUCAUCAGUUCUUCAAAAUAGGAAGAGUCUUCUCAAUGCUUUAUAGCGAAGCCGCGAGUGAGAGCAUGGCAAGAGCAGGCGAUGACUCUGUAACCGUAGUAAAAUUCGGUGAACAUGUCUUUUCGCAAAUCAGGCGCUUUGUGGUCGUUUCCGUGAAGAGAAAUUUCGUCAAAGCAUGUGGAAUAUCUACCUACAGCGGACGAGGGACUCUGAAACCUGGGUGCAACCCCCGCGAGCAUGCUCCUAUCUACUUUGUUGGAUCCUCUCCCGUCUGGCUGGUAGGCGAACAUGAGCGAGGAAUGACGAAAGAUCCGAUUGCGGUCGAACCAGCAGACAGUUCGCUUACUAUGCCUGUAUCGUCUCGCAUACGGUUUGGGAAAACGUAUCCUAUUGAGUGGAACGUUAAGGUCAAGGACAUUGGUCGAGUUGUGCCCGAAGAUCUGCGCAAGUUGAUAACGUAUUGGAAGGAAGAAGAUGAUGACGACUGGGGCGGGGAGAUGAGUACAUCAUCCUACACUACCUCUGCUUACCCGGUCGCUACUUCUAGAACUGUAGCUGGGUCGAACCAAGCCGGGGAAGGAAGUGUUGGACGGCACAGCUCUACAGCGUUGUUGCCGCAAGUGUCAGCGGGCGGUCUCCCCAAAGCGCCGGCCAAGAACGAAGCCAAAGUCACAGACCAAGGGAAUAGAGUAUUAUCAUCCCCUCCAACAGACGUGGUGAUGACAGAAACUCACCCCCAAUACGGAAGAGAUCUCGGAGACACCGACCUUCCCAUGCUUGAAAAUGCAGAUCCAUCUCUCCAUCUUUCUGGGACAUCAGCAGACGUUGUGUCGAGAAUAAUCGGCGAACUUCAUUCUGAGUACGAAAUCAUUGAAAAACCUAGGACUUUCUUCAAAAAGGGCCGCGUGUUCAUGGUUGUCUGGCCCGAACCCGGAGGCGAGGCGGUCAAAGAUCAACUGGGGCCCCCAGUGUUUAUGAAAGCACGGAGAUUCGUCGUCAUUCGACCGAAAGCAACACAUUGUGUCUGCCUUCCCAUCAAUACCUAUCAGGGUCAAGCAACAACUAAACCCGGUGUGGUUGCUCAAGACCACGCUGCCGUGGUAAUGCUUGGGGAAGAGCCGAAGUUACACCCCGAAGAGAAGCAGCUCACCAAAGAACCCAUGUUCAUCACUCUGGAGAACAAAUCCACAGGGCCGAUUGACCCGAUGUCGCGCAUCAACUUUGCAAAAGUAUACACGGUCGAGUACAACGUCAAAGUGCGAAACAUCGGACGAAUUGUCUCUGAUUCCAUCUGGCGGAUGGACCAAUAUUUCGCGGAAUGUUUCAAAUUGGGCGCCAAUUAAAUCGCCUUCCAGUAGUCAAGCGCUCUGGCACAGUCACCACCACGCGGCAUACCUUUCUUUGAGGGAAGAUUUCUCCAGACCGAUCGUAGUAGACUCACCGGUGAAGAAGAGAAGGCUGAGGCGCUUUCGUCCUUCAACAUGUAUGGU